AUGACUUUUUGUUUUCUGUCAUUAGGUCUGGACCUGGAAGAGGGCAAAGAAGGCGGAUCAUGGCUGGGAAUUAGCAAACGAGGGAAACUGGCAGCACUGACCAAUUACCUGGAAGCAUGGCAAAAUCCAGAUGCUCAGGGGAGAGGUUUCCUGGUGUCCAAUUAUUUGACAGAUAACUUGGACAGUUUCGCGUACCUCCGUAAAGUGUCUUCAGAAGCUCAUUUAUAUAAUGGCUUCAAUCUCCUUACUGCUGACUUCAGGGCCAAUGAAGACACAUUGUGUUACUAUGGAAACAAGGGCAGUUCAGAGCCCAUUCAUCUCAAAGCAGGAAUCUAUGGGUUGAGUAACUCUCUUCUGGAAACUCCGUGGAGAAAACUGCAGCACGGCAAACGGCUGUUCACCAGUGUAGUGAACAAAACACUGCCCCCUGAUGGCUUAGUGCAGGAACUGCUCCAUAUCCUCAAUAAUGAGGAGCUAAACACCCCGGACCACGAACAGGAGAGUCAAGGUGUAGGCUUCAGUAAGGCCAUACUCCAAGCCCUGUCUGCAGUGUGUGUGCGCUCACCAGGAUACGGCACAAGGACCAAUACAGUCAUCCUCAUCGACCGAGAAGGAAACGUGAGCUUUACGGAGCGCACCAUGCUGAACUGUGACAUUACUCAGUGGAGCACAAAUAGCUUCCACUUCAAACUGCAAGAAUGAGGGCCAGAUGCCAGGCAAAGAGAAGAAGACUCUCACAUCGUGCCUUUAUCCAGCCACUCUCUGCUCAAGCCAUGCAGCACCACUGUUUCUACUAAUAUGAACGUCAAGACUUAAUUCAGACUUUCCUGUUGAAAUGGGAAAGUGGCUAAUUAUUGCUACGGCUCUGUUCUGAGAGGAAGCUUGAUUGCACUUUCUUCUUCUUUUUUAGGUAUUUCUUCUUUCUAAUAACCAAUGGUUCAUGAGGAGGCCCACAUGGAAUCUGUGGACCCAAACCCCAGAUUUCCUUAAUAUUGAAGUCCACCCCCAGAAUUCCACAGAUUUCUUUCAAAUCCAUGCAGAAAGGAAUCUACUCAUGAAUCUACUCGUGAGGUGUGAUUUUGAGUGCAUGUCAUUCAGUCUGCAUAUGAAGAAUGUAAAAUGUUGUUUUAUUCAUCUACUGAAUCCCAUUUUAUCACAAACUGACAUUGGCAUGAAAUGCUGUUGGACAAAAUCGUUUUAAGGAGCAAGAUGUCUACUGCCAAAGACUAAUUGUGUCACUCACAAUCAUUGAGAACAUGAGAAAAUAAAUGAAAAUAUAAAAUGUUCAUAAACUUGCGCAAUGUAAACUGCUAUUCAGUGUGGUAGUGAUCCACUGUAAUGCCUUUCACUCAGGAACACGUUGAGAGCUACUGCCAAAAAAAUGGAGAAAUUUUUCUUCUUUCUUUUUAACAUUAAACAGCAUCUUAAAUUGAAAGGAAAGGACUUUAUUUUUUUUGUCAUAUUAAAUGAAACCUUUUUGAUUUCACUUUGAAAGUGUUCAAAGUCUGAAGUCUGUAUGCUUUGAUGUUUCCAUUGCUGCUUUCAUAAUGUUAUCUGAAUUCCAAUAUCAAUGCAUUUUGUCAGCCAUCAGGAAUCCGAUAUGAAUUUGUCAUUUGAUGUCACGUCUUUAGUUUAUACCAGUGUGCCUGAAAUUUAGGUGCGUCCACAUGCCUCUGAAUCUGAUAUGUACUUGCAGUAUAAAGUUGUUUGCUCGCCUUCGAUUAGACAGAGUAACGUUCAGGGUGUUGUUUCUUGGCUAAUGACAGUGAAAGACAUGCACAUUUUAGCGGACCCAGUUAGCUUUUCCGAACUGACAGCACUAUUUUACUACAAAGGUAACGGAAAUCAAAUGUGCGAGCUCAGGUGUUCUAUUGAGUGUGGUGACUUGUGUUCGUUUCUUUCGUCUUCACGUGUGUCAAGAAUACAGCAUUUGCAAUGCUCCUUAAUAGAGAUGCGAUUUACCUCACAACAUAAAACUAUCAUGUUGAAGCGACUGCAGCUGUUAUUUAAUACUGGGAUGUGACUGGUUGUGGUCUGUUGCCAUCUAGGGGCAUGUAACAUUUUUAAAGCCCAGAUUGUGAAGCUGGUUCUAAAUUAAAUUAGCCUACAUUUAUUUGAGAAAAUUAACUUGGAGUUAUUUAGACAAGGACAAUUGUAUGU